AUGAUUAAAACACCAGGUGAAGUGCUUCAUCCGUUAUGUCGUCAAGAUGUAUUUGAUAGGAAUAGUAAUAAUAAUAUAAUAUCAACAAAGAAAAAACCAUUAAUUAAUGAAGAAAAUUCUUGGCAACAUAUUUUAACAAAAUUUGGUUGUGAAACAAAUGAAGAAAGUCCAUUUGAUUGUUCAAAUUUAGUCAUUCGACAAGAACAACAAUCAUCGGAAAUCUAUAUAAAUUCAAUAAAAAAUUUUUAUCAUACUGGGCAUAUGAAGAUGAUGAUAAUAGUCAAUGGAUAUAUGAUGAAUAUUUAUCAACAAUGUUUCAUCACUUAA